UGAACCACCUGGUCCUACGACACAAGAUCACAACAAACAAAAUUGUUGGGCGUUUCAUAGAUUUCUUUAAUCGUCGAGAAAGUUUCGGUGAUCUUUGGAUGUCAGUCAUCCUGAGCUCAUCUCACAACCGGACGACACAGCGCAGAUUACUUCAAACAUCCCAAACAUUCAGUUCCGUCUACCAGACAAUCUCGAGCCAUCUUCGAAAAGCUUACUGGAAAAUGUCCUCCCGUUUUGUUUCCGUUGGCGUCAUCAACCCCUCUACGGGGGAGGUAGCAACACCGGCGGCUGUCACGUCUUCAUCUGUCUCGCCUCCCACAUCUUCAUCAACAACCGCUGCUGCCGCCGCCGCUUCCACGGUCCCAUCGACAUCAUUAACAACAUCAACAACCGUCACCAAUACACCGGCCAAUGUCCAAAACACCACCACCAUCUCAUCAUCAUCAUCAUCAAAAUCAUCAACAAUAACCCCCACCCCCACCCCCGCCGCCACAGCACCAGCACCUGCAUCAGCACCAGCACCAUCCACCCAAACCCCUCUUCCGCCGACCGCCGCCUCCAAAAAGUCCCAAGAAUGGCUCACCGUACAAGCCGAACUCGAAGCCAAGAAACGCUCUUCUGCUUCUUCUUCUUCUUCUUCCAUGCCCACCAUCGGCGGCGGCGGUGGCCCAGCAGCCACUGAACAACAACAACCAAAAUCCCUUUACGAAGUCCUCCAAGCCAACAAGGCAGCCAAGCAAGCGGCCUUUGAAGAAGCCAACAAGAUCAAGAACCAGUUCCGCGCUUUGGACGACGACGAGAUUGAGUUUCUUGAGGGGGUGGCGGAGAGGAAGAGGAGGGAGGAGGAAGAGAGACGAAGAGAGGAGGAAGGGGGGUUGCAGAAGUUUAGGGAGUUGCAGCAGCGGCAAAGAGGUGGUGGUGGUGGUGAUGGUGGUGGUGAGGAGCAAGAGGGAGGGGAUGGAGAGGAUGGGGGGGAUGAUGAUGGGUUGGGCGAGGAGGAGUUGAUGUUUUUGAGUGGAGCGGGAGGUGCAGGGAGGAAGAGGAGGAGGAUGGGAGAGGGGAAAAGGUUGGUGCCCGGGGUGGUGAAGAGGGCUAGGAGUGGAGGAGAGGAAGGGAAAAAGAAGAAGGAGGAGGAGAAGAACACGGUGGUUUCUGAGCCAGGCAAGGUUACGGCUACAGUUACGACCACAGUUACGGCGCCCGCGAAAAAGCCCCUUGGUGGACUUGUGUCAUAUGCAUCGUCGGAUGAGGAUGAUGACUGAGCAUUGUAAAGGGGAAUGAAGAAUGGAAGACGGGGCCCCAGACAAGGUAGGAGUUGACUUGGUUGAACUACUUGAUUCACGAGUUUACUGGAAGAGGCGUCUCAUUAUAUGAUGUGUGGAAGAGGGCUGCAGAGAUCAGAGAUAUCGCCAAUCUCAUCUGAUUAGCAACCGCUAACACCUAGCCUUUUAAUAUACCCAACAACUAGUCCACAUCCAGCUUUUC